UCCUCUUUCAUCUGGCAGUGCAUUCCCCAGCAGUACAGUAAAGAGCCUGUCGGCAUACAGAGGGACACUUGCUCAGUAUGAGGUCUCUUCUCGCUCUGACUGUACUUCUGAAAUGCAUCACAAGUGAAGUGGUGAAAUCUGGUUCCAUUUUGCUCAUCCCUUGUGCCAUGACAAAUAAAUCGUUCAUGUGGAUCUGGUACCCCAAAUAUCCCAAAUGUGCUGGAGUCGGAUCGUUAGCUGUCACAUACUCUUUUGAUGCACAAGGACAGUACAAAGCUGAAGAAAACCGGUUUAGGAAUCGUCUAACUGUAAUCCAUGAUCUCGAAAAAGGAAUCCAUUGCUUGAUACUAAAAGACACUGUGAUGAGCGACUCUGGAUGGUUUUCAUGUGGUGCUUCUCAGGCAGUGGAAGUUGAUGUCUAUCCAGCUUGUCAUAACCAUACCCGAAUCACUGUAAGCAAAGCUCCCAAACUUGGCGGUGAAAUGACACUUUUCUGUAUCAGCUGUCAAGAUGGCCAGAUCCUAGGAAAAGGCUUUAACUGGACCUUCAAUGGACAGCCAGUGAAGACGGCAUCCGGUGUUGACAAAACCAAAUCAGUUUUGCUCCUAAAGAAAAUUGACGACAAGCAUGUGGGCAAGUGGGGCUGCAUGUCUGCAGAUGACCCAUCUCAAAAUGCUGAGUACUGUCUGCAGCUGAUAUUGGGAAAUGAGGAACAAGAAUACACAACACAACAGGCCAUCCAAGUGACAAAAGACAGAGCUGAAAAUGGUGCAGAUCAUCACCAAAGACAUCGAAUUGAAUACUUGUGGAUGACGACAUUGGUAGGGGCUGCCUCAGUUUUACUAGUGGCGGUGGUAGGAGUGAUCUUCUUGAUACGUCUUCAGAGGAACAAGAAGAGGCUCAGGUUGAAGAAAAUACAGAAUGAUCCUGGGCCUCUAGAAAACACCAUGGAAUCAUCUGCUCCAUUGAACCUACCUUCUGAAUGUCAAGUCCAGAUUGAUAAAGAAGUUGAGUAUGCCUCUCUCCGCUUUCAGAAGAAGAAAAGGCCUCCUUAUCUUCACCAGGAGUCUACAGACUCAACAAUCUAUGCUGCUGUGAGAAUGAAAUAACACUUUUAAUUUUAGAGUGUCACCAUGUUCUACAUUGAUAAACAUUUCACUUCUGGCUUCAGUAUUACAUUAUCAUAAUGUGGCCUGAAAUGUCUUCAAGUUUCAGCUUCAACAACCUCUCCUUAAACUUGACGGACAUGUUUCCUUGAGUGCACAUAAUUGUACCAAAGUGAACUACCAAGUGUGCAGGUAAAAAGAAACAGCCCAUCAGAAAAUGACACGUUUUUGGAGUGACAACUGGACAGUUUUUUGUGCACACUGUGUUAAUAUUUCAACAAUGAGCAAAACUGUCAAAAUGAGAAAAUCUCAUGGACAUAGUUUUACUAACGGACGUGGCAAAACAGAAAUACAUCAUCAGAGAGCAGAGAAAACCUCAUUCUACCUACAAAUAAUAAUGCUAGGGACACCAUGGAUAUUAUAUUUUCAGAAAAUGUGUUACUAGCAAUAACCCGUUAGUUGUACCGUUUACAGCAGCAUUUGUACAAUUCCCCAGUCACUAAAAUGUACAAAAACAUCAUGAGAUUUAGGUAUAAAGCUGAACUCUUCUCUCACCCUGGAAUUCAGUAUUAAAAUAUCAAGGAUCCUCUACAAAUGAAUACAUCAAAUGGCUGCCGGGUACAACAGACUGUUCCAGAUGGCUGCUGCCAUUGAACCCCAUCACUUCAGCUGGCGGUUUAUGCCUUGUCCUGGCGCUGGCCAUUUCCAUUUAGGUAAAAUGAACGUCAGCUUAGCUCAAAAGACUAUGAGUGCUCAAUUUACCUGAACCCUCUUAUACUGAUCAUAUAUAAAUGAAGUAUUUUCUCAUAACCAAUUGCUUAAGUCAUACCUUCAGAGAGCAAAAAAAAAAAUAAUUAUCCAGUACUUGAAAAUUUGAGCUAUGAAGUUAAGGGUCAAAAUUCUGUAUAUAGAAAGAAAGAAUCACAGUAAUACUAACUAGAGAAAACCACAGUGCUAUUUAUCUUUUUUUGACAGCAUUGAUAUCUUAGGCUACACUGAUGACAACAGAAAUUAUAAAUUGUGCAGAGGAUAUUUAAUGGCAAUAAAGAAACAAAUGAAUCAUGA